CCUCGGCCCAUCGCCCACCAUGAAAAUCUUCGUAUCCUAAUUCACUAAAAUCCCAGCAUCCCUACCACCAAUACCACUAGCAUUAUUAAAAGCCCAAUCCUAUUAGCCAUCAUCACUUGACGAAUGAAAACUCUCGCCCAAUACAAGCACGAAAGGCGGACUGGAAGGGUUGGCCAGGACGUAUGGCGCCGAGCGUUCUCUCGAGCGAUGGGCCACCUUACGGCUGCCAGAGAUGCGGUCGUCAUUACUCCCACAAGUGCAAUCUCCUGCGUCACCUGAGGCUCGAGUGCGGUGUCGGGCCGCGGUUCCGCUGCUCCAACUGCGAGAAGCGCUUCAAGCACCGGCACCAUCUGCGCGACCACGAGAAGACCCACCUGCACGGCCCGAGCACAGCUCUCAUCCUCGACUUCGAUCCCCUCAACUGAAGGAGUCCAGCCCCGCUCCACCGACCAAAAGCAUCUCCGAAGCUCGGCGCUCCCAAGGCCAAGGACGUUCGCCACUGCUCUUCGUUAUCCAAACUUCCUGGACAAUAACUCGCUACUGGG